GUGGCUGUGGGAGGAAGAGUGCUGCAGAUCCCAUACCAUGUCCCUGACUCCUGUCCUACUCAUGUUAUUGGCCCACUGCACAGGUGGUGAUCCUCAGCUCAUGCUGCAUCAGCCACCAUUUGCCUCUUCUCCCCUUGGAACCACAAUCCAUCUCACCUGCACCCUGAGCAGCGACUAUAACAUUGGUGUUUACAGCAUCUACUGGUACCAGCAGAGGCCAGGACACCCACCACGGUUCUUGCUGCAAUAUUUCUCACACUCAGACAAGUUCCAGGGCCCUCAAACUCCAUCUCGUUUCUCUGGAUCCAAAGAUGUGUCUAGGAACCGAGCUUAUCUGAGCAUCUCUGAGCUACAGCCUGAGGACGAGGCUAUGUAUUAUUGUGCUAUUGGGACCAAGAGCUCGGAGAAGCAGAAUGAUAUUGAGAGAGAGAGAAGGGAUGAAAAGGAGGAGUAUGCUGGUUCAGGGUUCCAGACAGCCCAGGAUAUGAAUAGCUUAAACUAAAGGCUGAUGUGGAGAGAAGGGUGGAACUUAGAGUUGCACAGAGCAGAGGAGAUGGGGCAUUCAGCUUCUUGUAAUACAGUGUUGUUGUAAAAUGUUGGAAUCUGGAUUAUGGAAUUAAAGCUGUUUGUGCCUUCA